CGGCGUCAGACGCGAGGAGGCCGGGAGGGCGGCUCCCGGCCGCUGAGCUGCGGGCAGCGCGGGGGGCUUCUAGCGCUCUCCGCGGUCUGGUCGGUGUGGGUAAUGGCUCCGCUGCUGGCGCCCGGCCGGGACCGUGCGGGUCGGGAGGAUGAGGACGGCUGCGAGGCGAGGGGGGACCGCAAGGCCCGGAAGCCUCUGGUGGAGAAGAAGCGGCGCGCGCGGAUCAACGAGAGCCUGCAGGAGCUGCGGCUGCUGCUGGCGGGCGCCGAGGUGCAGGCCAAGCUGGAGAACGCAGAGGUGCUGGAGCUCACCGUGCGGCGCGUGCAGGGCGCGCUGCGGGGCCGGGCGCGCGAGCGUGAGCAGCUGCAGGCGGAAGCAAGCGAGCGCUUCGCCGCCGGCUACAUCCAGUGCAUGCACGAGGUGCACACGUUCGUGUCCACGUGCCAGGCAAUCGACGCCACCGUCGCCGCCGAGCUCCUGAACCACCUGCUGGAGUCCAUGCCGCUGCGCGAGAGCAGCAGCUUCAGGGACCUGCUGGGGGACGCCCUGUCCGGGCCACCGGGAGCCCACGGGCGGAGCACCUGGCCAGUGGGAGGUGCCCUGGGGUCCCCACUGCCCAGCCCGCAGGGCUCCGGGGACGACCAGUCCUCCGACCUGGAGGAGGCCCCAGAGGCUGAACUGAGCCGGGCAACUGUUGAGGGGCCAGAGUUGGUGCCGGUAGCCCUGGGCAGUCUGACUGCUGCGCGCAUGGCCCAUAGUGUCUGGAGACCUUGGUGACCAAUGGCCAGUUUGGGGUCUGCAGGGUGGACCCUGCCUUCUCAUGCUCUAGUCCCUCCUCCCUGGGGUCCAAGUGUGUCGAGGCAGGUUCCUGGGUCUCUUGGUUCUGCCACCCUCCUCCAGAGGAUGGCUUGCAGUGAACAGCAGGGAUAACCAGCCCAGCUAGGCCGCUAGCCCUGCUUCCUGAAGGAGUAAUAUUUAUGGACCAGCCCCUGGUGGGUGCAGGGAGGGACCUACAGGCAGGAGGAAGGAUCUUGCAGGGUCGUCAGGGCUCUCCAGGAUUCACCUGUCCCAGACUUCUCAGGCACUGUGUGGGUCUGGGGGCAAAGGUGACAGCAAUGCUGAGCUGGGCACAGGUGUCCUGGCAGAAGGAGACCUCAGACCCUGGCAGCCCUGGUCUGAGCAGAAGCUCAGACUUGCCAUUCAGCCAGGACACAGGGAGGCAUUCUGCAGCUUUGCCCAGAGCUGCCAGAGAGAAGCAAGGCUCCCUGUGUGUCUUGCAUUUAGCACACUUGAGUUUGUGUAUUAGGUUGCCACCGUUUGUUCCAAUUCUGUUAAAUAAAGGAUUUUGGAGAGUUAGUGUCA